AUGGCGGAGCGCGGACAGCAGCCUCCUCCCGCGAAACGGCUCUGCUGCCGGCCGGGCGGCGGAGGCGGCGGCGGCGGCGGCGGCGGGGCCAGCAGCGGCGGCGGAGGAGCGGGUGGCGGUUACAGCUCUGCCUGUCGGCCGGGCCCGCGGGCGGGCGGCGCGGCGGCGGCGGCGUGCGGGGGCGGCGCAGCGCUGGGGCUGCUGCCGCCGGGCAAGACCCAGAGCCCCGAGUCGCUGCUGGACAUUGCGGCGCGCAAGGUGGCUGAGAAGUGGCCGUUCCAGCGCGUGGAGGAGCGCUUCGAGCGCAUCCCGGAGCCGGUGCAGCGCCGCAUCGUCUACUGGUCCUUCCCCCGCAGCGAGCGGGAGAUCUGCAUGUACUCGUCCUUCAACACCGGCGGCGGCGCCGCGGGCGGCCCCGGCGAAGACAGCGGCGGCCCCGGCGGCGCGGGCGGCGGCGCGGGCGGCGCAGGCGGCGGCGGCUCCUCGUCCUCGCCGGUCGCCACCUCGGCCGCCGCCGCCGCUGCCGCCGCCGCCGCCGCCGCCGCUGGGGCCGGGGCCCCGUCGGCGGGGGCCGCCGGGUCGGCGGACGGCGGAGACGAGACACGGCUGCCCUUCCGCCGGGGCAUCGCGCUGCUGGAGAGCGGCUGCGUCGACAACGUUUUGCAAGUCGGUUUCCACUUGAGUGGCACAGUGACAGAACCUGCAAUACAAUCGGAGCCAGAAACUGUUUGCAACGUGGCCAUCAGCUUUGAUCGUUGCAAGAUUACCUCAGUGACCUGCAGCUGUGGAAACAAGGACAUAUUUUAUUGUGCCCAUGUUGUGGCACUGUCUUUAUACCGCAUCCGCAAGCCAGAUCAGGUCAAAUUGCAUCUUCCCAUUUCAGAGACUCUCUUUCAAAUGAAUAGAGACCAACUACAAAAGUUUGUACAGUAUUUGAUCACAGUGCACCACACAGAAGUUUUGCCAACUGCUCAAAAAUUGGCAGAUGAAAUUCUUUCCCAGAAUUCGGAAAUCAACCAAGUUCAUGGUGCUCCUGAUCCAACAGCAGGUGCUAGUAUAGAUGAUGAAAACUGCUGGCACUUAGAUGAAGAGCAGGUUCAAGAACAGGUUAAACUGUUCCUUUCCCAGGGCGGGUACCACGGAUCAGGGAAGCAGCUUAAUUUGCUCUUUGCAAAGGUGCGGGAGAUGUUGAAGAUGAGGGACUCAAACGGGGCCCGAAUGUUGACUUUGAUAACAGAGCAGUUCAUGGCCGACCCUCGUCUGUCACUUUGGAGGCAACAAGGCACCGCAAUGACUGACAAAUAUAGGCAGCUCUGGGAUGAGCUGGGUGCUCUGUGGAUGUGUAUAGUUUUAAAUCCCCACUGCAAGUUGGAGCAGAAGGCCAGCUGGCUAAAACAGUUGAAAAAGUGGAAUGGUGUUGAUGUCUGUCCAUGGGAAGAUGGAAAUCAUGGCAGUGAAUUACCUAACUUAACCAAUGCUCUGCCUCAGGGUGUGAAUGCUAACCAAGAUUCAUCGAACAGGCCACAUCGGACAGUGUUCACCCGAGCCAUCGAGGCGUGCGAUCUCCACUGGCAGGAUAGCCACUUGCAGCACAUUAUCAGCAGUGACCUGUACACCAACUACUGUUACCAUGACGACGCUGAAAACUCCCUCUUUGACUCCCGCGGGUGGCCCCUCUGGCAUGAACAUGUUCCUACAGCCUGUGCACGAGUGGACGCAUUACGUUCUCACGGGUACCCCAGAGAAGCACUGAGACUAGCAAUAGCUAUUGUUAACACGUUAAGACGGCAGCAACAGAAACAGCUGGAAAUGUUCCGAACUCAAAAAAAAGAGCUACCCCAUAAAAGCAUAACCUCAAUAACCAAUCUGGAGGGCUGGGUUGGACACCCCCUGGACCCCGUGGGCACUCUUUUCAGCAGCCUUAUGGAAGCCUGCCGCACUGAUGAUGAAAGCUUCCCUGUGUUCUCAGAUUUUACAGAGAAUAUGGGACAGUGCAAGUCUCUGGAAUACCAGCAUCUACCUGCACACAAAUUCUUAGAAGAAGGGGAAUCCUAUUUAACGCUAGCUGUGGAAGUAGCCCUAAUAGGGCUGGGACAGCAGCGUAUUAUGCCUGAUGGGCUGUAUACCCAAGAGAAGGUUUGCCGGAAUGAGGAGCAGCUCAUUUCCAAGCUUCAGGAAAUUGAAUUGGAUGACACACUGGUGAAAAUUUUUCGCAAGCAAGCAGUCUUCCUAUUAGAAGCCGGACCAUAUAGUGGUUUAGGCGAAAUAAUCCAUCGGGAGAGCGUUCCAAUGCACACAUUUGCCAAGUAUCUCUUCACCUCUCUCCUACCUCAUGAUGCUGAAUUGGCAUACAAAAUUGCACUGAGAGCAAUGCGGUUGCUAGUGUUGGAAUCCACUGCUCCAGCGGGAGACCUCACCCGUCCACACCACAUGGCAUCCGUUGUUCCCAACCGGUACCCUCGUUGGUUCACUCUAAGCCACAUAGAAUCCCAGCAGUGCGAGCUGGCAUCCACUAUGCUCACUGCAGCCAAAGGCGACGUUCGGAGGCUGGAAACAGUAUUAGAAUCCAUCCAGAAAAACAUUCACUCCUCAUCCCACAUCUUCAAGCUUGCCCAAGACGCAUUUAAAAUAGCAACUCUCAUGGACAGUUUGCCAGACAUCACUCUUUUGAAGGUGUCUCUGGAGCUGGGCCUGCAGGUUAUGCGAAUGACACUGUCAACCUUAAACUGGCGGCGGCGGGAGAUGGUGAGGUGGCUGGUAACAUGCGCUACUGAAGUGGGUGUUUAUGCCCUGGACAGCAUCAUGCAGAGCUGGUUUACGCUUUUUACUCCCACUGAAGCCACAAGUAUUGUUGCAACCACCGUGAUGUCCAACAGCACCAUCGUCCGCCUCCACCUGGACUGCCACCAGCAGGAAAAGCUGGCCAGCAGUGCCCGGACACUCGCAUUGCAGUGCGCUAUGAAGGACCCUCAGAACUGUGCCCUCUCUGCGCUCACUCUGUGUGAAAAGGAUCACAUAGCUUUUGAGACGGCGUACCAAAUUGUCCUUGACGCUGCUACAACUGGCAUGAGCUACACCCAGCUCUUUACAAUAGCACGGUACAUGGAGCACCGCGGGUACCCCAUGAGGGCCUACAAGCUGGCCACCCUGGCCAUGACCCAUCUUAACCUGAGCUACAAUCAGGACACGCACCCAGCCAUUAAUGACGUUUUGUGGGCCUGUGCGCUUAGCCACUCCCUUGGUAAAAAUGAGCUUGCAGCUAUAAUACCUCUGGUGGUCAAGAGUGUCAAGUGUGCAACGGUACUGUCAGACAUUUUGCGCAGAUGCACUCUGACCACUCCUGGCAUGGUGGGACUUCACGGAAGGAGGAACUCUGGUAAGCUCAUGUCACUGGACAAAGCCCCCUUGAGGCAACUCUUGGAUGCCACAAUCGGGGCCUACAUCAACACGACACACUCACGGCUCACACACAUCAGUCCUCGGCACUAUAGUGAGUUUAUAGAGUUCCUCAGCAAGGCCCGAGAGACCUUCUUAAUGGCGCAUGAUGGACACAUUCAGUUUACACAGUUUAUCGACAACCUGAAACAAAUCUACAAAGGCAAAAAGAAACUGAUGAUGUUGGUUCGGGAGAGGUUUGGUUGA